CACUCUUUCAUAAUUCGUAGCGUAUAUAAUUGGCCCCAAGGCAAACCCAGUUCCUCUAAACAGUCACGAUGGAGCAGGGAAAAUUUGGCAAUCUGAAACUCCAACACUGUAAACUCGUAUCAACUACUGUAGCAAUAUUCUUGAUCUCUCUCCUUCCUUGCUUUGUUUUCAGUGAGCACACAGAUUCGGGAUCAAUCCCGUCCCACUUAAAGAGUGACAAGAGUCAUCAUCGAACUGAACAAGAAGACAAAGAAGUGUUUGUGUCAACCAAACAAGUGGAAAAGCUUCGAUCGGAACCGAAGGAUUCUUGUGAUAUAUUCACAGGAAAAUGGGUUUUUGAUAACAAAACACAUCCUUUGUACAGGGAGGAUGAAUGUCCUUAUAUCCAACAAUGGAUUUCAUGCACAAAGAAUGGAAGGCCGGAUUCCAUGUACCAGAGUUGGAGGUGGCAGCCAAAAGGUUGUUCUUUACCAAAGUUCAACGCCAAAUUGUUCCUUGAGAAACUUAGAGGGAAAAGGCUAAUGUUUGUUGGAGAUUCGAUACAUCAAAAUCAGUGGAUGUCCCUGGUUUGUUUGGUUCAAUCCGCCAUUUCACCUGGCAAGAAGAGGACGGCCUUUUCCACCUAUAGCAACCGUUUCAUCAUUGAGGAGUACAAUGCUACCAUUGAAUCUUACUGGGCUCCGUUUCUAGUAAAGUCGAACGGAGACCGUCCAAAAAUGAGGAACGGAGCAUCGAACAUUUCAAUAAUUUCUGAUUCAAUUUCAGAGAAGGGACAGAAGACUUGGAAGAGAACAGACUAUCUCAUCUUUGACACGUACGCCUGGUGGAUCAAGCAUCCCACUGUGAGACUGAUACGAGGACCAUUUGACGAGAGGGCCAAGGAGUAUGAUGUAAUCGAAGCACAUGUAGCGUAUGAAAGAUCGUUAAGGACAUGGGCCAAGUGGGUUGACGAGCAUGUUGAUCCUAGUCGUACCGAAGUUUUCUUCAACAGCAUGGCUCCUCUACAUGUCAGGGCCUUGGACUGGAACAACGCAGAUGCGGUUAUGUGUGAGAAAGAGACUACUCCAAUUCUGAACAUGUCCAUACCAUUGGAGGGUAGCAAUGACAAUCGAUAUUUUGCAAUAGCAGAAAAGGUGAUCCAUUCAAUGAAAUUUCCAAUCAAGUUUCUCAAUAUAACCACCCUCUCCGAGUAUAGAAAAGAUGCACAUCCUUCCAUUUAUAACAAGGUGCCCUCACCGGAGCAGAAAGCAAAUCCAGCCAAGUAUUCCGACUGUGUUCACUGGUGUGUCCCUGGGCUGCCUGAUACAUGGAAUGAGCUGCUCUACGCAUACAUCACCAACCAAUAUUGAUUUCUAUGCCGUUUUCUUCUAUACUAGUAUUGGCGUUUCAAUGAAUUCUUGUUCUUCAUCAUCAUCACCUAAUUAUAUAGUUGGCAGCUCAUUAAAAUGAGGAAUUAAGUUGCCUUUUAUUUGAAUAUGCUGAAGCAAAUGUGAACGGUGUAUCUCUUAAGGGUAUUGCUAAAUUCACUAUGAAAUUUAAUAUUUUCACU